UUGGCUACUGACUCAAAAUACGAGACUCAAUUUGUUCAUGAUUUUUCUAAAUUCAUCAUUGUCAACAAGAUAUUAUCUUUAGCAGAAACCUGGUUUGUGAGCUUCCAAGAUCAAUCUUCGCUGACGUUCUACCCUAGCUUGAUCUGACACAUGUUUGUAUCUUUCGAUUUUGAGGAAAGUAGGCUAGCUAGCUUUGAUGUAAGGCCCUGUCUAAAAGCUGUCAAGAACAUUGAUGACAGAUCCCAGCACAUAAUAAUGUUAUUCUUCAGACCGUUGACUAAAUUCAAAUACUUCGUUAGUGCCAGAACUGUUCGACAAUUUCACAAAACACAUGUGCUUACUGGAUCACUAUGCAAUGCCCCGAAUGCUGAACUUGACAAAACAGUCUACGACAGAUAUAUGUGUCUACCGAUGCCUGAGGGCAAGGUUCAGCUGACAUAUCUGUGGAUAGAUCAUACUGGAGGGAAUCUUAGGUGCAAGACCCGCACCUUGGAUUUUUCACCUAGUACCCAUAAAGAAGUUCCAAUAUGGACCUUCAAUGGGUAUCUCACGAUGGAAGCACCGGAGGAAAAAAGUGACUAUUUCCUCGUUCCGGUAGCUCUCUAUAAUGAUCCUAUACGACGUGGAAUAAACAAAAUAGCACUGUGCGAAACAUUCAAUGCCGAUGAGAAACCUUGCAAAACGAACCAUCGGCAGAAAUGUGUGGAAGCCUUAAACAAGGUAUGUGACCAUGAAGUUCACAUUGCGUUUGAGCAAGAUUACUACCUCAUGGGAGGUGAUGGAAGGCCUUUCGGAUGGCCACCGAUGGGUGAACCCAUACCUGGACGAGCGUACUAUGCCGCAAUGUGCACCACAAUCGGGCGAGAGAUAGCCGAGUGUUUCUACAGGGCGCUGCUGUACGCGGGGGUGAACGUUUAUUCGGACUGCGCGGAACCCGCACCAUCCCAGUGGGAGAUAAAAACUGUGGGAGAAAGAGGGGUGAAGCCGGCAGAUGAUCUGUGGUUCACGAGGUGGCUAAUGCAAAGAAUCGCCGAGGAUUUCGGGGUGUGCGUCUCAUUUCAGCCUAUUGUGUCUCCUGGAUGGUCUAAGUCAGGAUUACAUGUAACAUUUUCAACUAAAAGGAUGAGGGACAAUGACGGCAUGAAACACAUCCAAGAAGUAGUUAAAAAGUUAGAAAAGUGUCACAAGGACCUGUUAAAAGUAUACAAGAGUACCUAUCUAGGAGAUAAGUUUACGUGUGGCAUCGGCGAUAGAUCAGCAUCAGUGCGGAUACCAAAAAUAGUAGCAGAUAAGAAAAAAGGCUUUAUUGAAGAUCGAAGACCUGCCGGGAAUGCAGAUCCAUACAAAGUUAUGGAGGCUAUUAUAAAAGCUUGCAUAUAGGCUGUUUGUCAAGUAUUGUAUGUAAAAAUAAACCAUUUUAUGACUCUAUAA